GAGACCGAUCAAGCCGCCAUCCGAGGAAAAGGCACCAUGGAGACUCCCGCAGUUGAGAAGUUUGUCUCUUCACUGAAAGACUACUACAACACCGACACUCUGACGGAUUUCGUCGUCGUCUGUGGCGACCAGGAAUUCAAGGUGCACGGCGUGAUCCUGUCGGGCCACUCCAAGUACUUCGCGACGCUGUUCAAUGGCAACUGGAAGGAGAGCGCCGACAAGAGGAUCACCAUAUCGGAUUUUGAGCCAUGCAUCGUGGAAGCAAUGCUCCAGUUCAUGUACUCGUUCGACUACGACACUGACAGCACCGGGUUGGUGCACGACGCCGAAGUCUACCAGAUCGCCGACAAGUACGACGUCCCAGGGCUCAAGGCGCACGCCCAGAAAAAGUUUAGCGCUUCUCUCAGCGGCCGAUGGAACGUCUUUGGCUUCUUCGUCGCCAUCCCCGUAGUCUACGAGUCCACGCCUCCGACGGACAGGGGGCUUCGGGACCUGGUCAUAGAGGCCGCCCAGCGCCACAUGGGCGAGGUGAUAAAAGAGGACGGUUUUGACGACCUGAUCAGGACAGCUCCCGACUUUGCCGCAGAGCUCAUCCCCGCUCUGUAUCGCAAGCUACCCUCGGUUGUGACAUACAAGAAAGGGCCGGUGGAUGUUGAAGUCACGGAUAUAGGGGACCGAAGGCAGGAGAGAUCUUAA